GCUCUGCGUCGUUAGUAACAAUGAAGGGUGCAAAAACAAAGCUAAAAGAUCCCAAAUAUUAAUCGAUUUCUCCGAAAUUCAUGCUCUCUCACAAGUACCCAAUUAUUUAAUUCCCUUGAAUCUCGAUUGCUUUUCGCGGGUUUUGAAGAAUUUGAGAAACUGUUGCGUGCUGAAUUGUGUUUGUGCAUUUCUUCGGCAUCUAUGGAGUCUUCAUUGAAAAUUGGGUCGUCGAUUGGUUUGCCCAUUUCUUCAUCUACAGUAAAACUUAAUCAAUGCCACAAAAAUAAGGUCGGUUAUGGGUUUCGAUUCGAUGGAAGCCGGUCCAUAGGGAAAAUUUGUGCCAUCACUCCCAAUGGCUCUGUUUCUCCCUCUUCUUCUCAUGAGGCAGAAUCAAGGGCAGUGGGAAAUGCACAUAGACAAAGAAGCAGCCUUGAAUCACUUUUUUGUUAUGAUAAGCCAAUACCAGAGGAGAGAAUUGAGAAGCCUGUUGGUACAUCUUUAGCUGAAAAAGCAAUUGGAAAUAAUCCUCGAUGCAUUGAUUGUGAGGCCAAAGGUGCUGUUCUUUGCACCACUUGCUCGGGUUCAGGGUUAUAUGUUGACUCCAUAUUGGAGAGCCAGGGAAUCAUUGUGAAAGUGCGCUGUUUAGGUUGUGGAGGAACGGGUAACAUUAUGUGCUCUGAAUGUGGUGGACGAGGUCAUCUUGGACCCAGAUGACCUGCCCCUUUCUUCUGAGGAUUUUGUUGUGGCCUGGUUUGCUCAAACAUUUGCGUGUUAAAGAUUAUCAUUGUUAUAGUUAUGUAGUCUUGAGAUAUUGUAUGGUUCCAUCUUUGGUGAUUUCGGAUUAAUUUUGUGCAAAACUUUCAUGUAUUUGGCUUUAUUUAUUUUUUAAUGGAAUUCUUCCACUA